AUGCUGGAAAGAAAUCAGACUCUGGUGACCGAGUUUGUCCUCACAGGACUCACAGAGCGUCCCGAGUUGCAGGUUCCACUCUUCCUGGUUUUCCUCAUCAUCUACCUCAUCACCAUGGUGGGCAACCUUGGACUGAUUUCUCUCAUCUGGAAGGACCCUCACCUCCACACCCCCAUGUACUUCUUCCUCAGCAGCUUGGCCUUCGCUGACGCAUGCACUUCAUCCUCUGUGACCCCCAAGAUGCUUGUCAAUUUUUUAUCUACGGAUCAUGAGAUAUCCCUGAUUGAGUGCUUCACCCAGUUUUACUUUUUUUGUUCCAGUGCAACCACAGAAUGUUUCCUCUUGCUAGUGAUGGCCUAUGACCGCUAUGUGGCCAUAUGCAAUCCACUCCUUUAUCCAGUGGUGAUGUCCAACAAACUCUGUACUCAGUUUAUAGCAGUUACAUAUUUUAUAGGUGUUCUGAAUUCAACAAUUCACGUGGGUUUGCUAAUUAGAUUAACGUUCUGCAGGUCCAAUGUUAUAGACUAUUUCUACUGUGAAAUUGUACAAUUACUCACAAUUUCUUGCACAGAUCCUUCAAUUAACGUGCUUGUGGUUUUUAUCUGUUCAAUCUUUAUACAAGCCUUCACAUUUGCAAAUAUUGUAGUCUCCUAUACCCGUGUGCUCUUUGCCAUUCUGAGAAAGAAGUCUGAGAAGGGCAGGAGCAAAGCCUUCUCCACUUGCAGUGCUCACCUCCUCUCUGUCUCUCUGUUCUAUGGCACCCUCUUCCUCAUCUAUAUCCUUCCUGGGUCAGAGACAGCUAAAGAUAAGGAACAACUGUUUUCUUUAUUUUACACAAUAAUAAUUCCAUUGCUCAAUCCAUUUAUUUAUAGUCUGAGGAACAAAGAGGUUAUAGGAGCCCUAAGAAGACUAAUAAAGAAAUAA